UGCACGCGUUACCACCGAUAAAAUAAUGUUUUAUCUAUUCAGAAUUAUAUUGAUCGCAAAAUUGGCUUUCAGUCUCAUGUGUCCGGACAUAAUCGAACUGCCCGAGGAUCAACAACUUAAUAUAGAUGAACUGCAAACUGUACCACCUAAUGAACUGGUUGAUUGCCUAUCCCAUUUGGCCAGAUAUGAAAUGGCGAUCGACGAAGCUGAAUUCAUAUGGCACUCGAUUGUGCAAUUCUUUAAUGGCAUUAUAAACAUUCCGGAAAAAGUGCUUGGCGAACUCAAAUUCGUGUCUAUAGCAGUACUGCCGGAAGACUAUAACAAUAUAGUCAUGGGUAAUGUUGAUGUUAUAAGCAACUUUGGAUUUCACUAUGGUUUAUCUGACGAGCAACUUGACGCUAUAGCUGCACGUGUUUGGGAAGAUUUUGGAUCAAAACAACCAGAAGAUUACACUUUCUACGAUUUGGCAGCUUUGAGACAAAUUCUUUGCGCGUAUAACAGAAGUGAUAUAGAGAGGAUUCAUCCUAAAGCGUAUAAAGAAGCAGCCGGUAUCAUAGGAAACUUGAAGAAUUGCAAUACUAACGUUCUGCGGGGCUUCGGUAAAUUGGCUAUUCAGGAAGAUGCUUUCGGCUCCCCAGCUUUUUGGACGAAUGCAACAGUGCAAUUGGUUGGCGCAGUGGUCGAUUAUUUGCCUGAUGAAGCCGGCAAUAUACUGAAAAUUAGGCUGAAUGAUAAUUUUUGGGAUGAUGCAAAUAUUUAAACUAACUUGCAGUGGUAGACUGCAUUUUAGACAACGUAGUUGUAGAAAAGUAGUAGAUUAUUGCAGUGGUAGACUGCAUUUUAGAUGAAGUGGCGGUAGUAGUAGUAGUAGAAGAUUUAGAAUCUUAUUUAUUGAUGUAGAAGUUAGUUCAUUGAAAUAAAUGAUUGAAGAUUGG